UUUUUAUCUUUUUUGGUUUUUUUCCCUUGGGGACUCUCUUCCGCCAGACUGACUCGCACCUUCUCGAUAAUUUCUCUUCCCCUCGUUUUUUUAUACUCUUCUCCCUGCUUCCAAACCCUGUGUCUGUGUGUUCCAAUACUAUCACAACCUCUGCUAAAAAUAGAUCUUUUUAUAUACCCUUCCUCCUCUCUGACCCCAUCCAACACCCCUUGUUAAGGAAAACAUCUUACACCUGGAGCAAGAAACGUAAAUUCACUUGGCUGUCCCAUAUCUCUUAAGGGACCUGAUGCAUGAGUGGACUAGAGAAAGGAAAGCGAGAAAAUCUCCAAAGACCUUCAGAUCAUCUUGCUGGCAGGGUCAAGUUUUCUUCAGACUGAAGCGGAAUUGUGGCUCGUGGACAUUUGAUAUAACAAAGCAUACUCAACACCACUAGAUUUCUUCCCUGAGACCACUGACUGACUGCAAAAACUGACCAACGACAGCAGUUUUUCAGAUAUCACUGGUCUUCUGACAAGUUGAUUAAGUGAAUAGAAAAAAUAAAAAGAAAAACGAAGCUCCUUUCAAGUAUUGAAGAUACAAGGCCAGGAUGAACACGAGGGACGCAAAAGUGUCUGAAGGAGGUCUCAACAUCACACUGACCAUACGCCUUCUCAUGCAUGGCAAGGAGGUUGGAAGCAUCAUCGGAAAGAAAGGUGAGACAGUUAAGAAGAUGAGAGAGGAGAGUGGUGCUCGAAUCAAUAUUUCAGAAGGCUCCUGUCCAGAGAGAAUUGUGACCAUAACAGGCCCAACAGAUGCAAUUUUUAAAGCUUUUUCUAUGAUUGCACAAAAAUUUGAAGAGCUAAGCAAGGUCACACCGAGCCAUUUCUUGGAUGGAAACAUGCUGCCGUCACAAAUGUGGAGUACUGUAGGAAUCAGUGCUGGUGUCACUGAGCUCCCACACAAGUUCAACAAGGACAUAAAUGCUUCAAUGACGAACAGCACGGUGACAAGCAAACCGCCUGUAACACUGCGGCUCGUGGUCCCAGCAAGUCAGUGUGGAUCCCUUAUAGGAAAAGGAGGUUCCAAAAUCAAAGAAAUCAGGGAGUCCACAGGAGCCCAGGUGCAAGUAGCCGGGGACAUGUUGCCAAACUCAACGGAGCGCGCAGUGACUAUAUCGGGUACUCCCGAUGCCAUUAUCCAGUGUGUGAAACAAAUAUGCGUGGUUAUGCUGGAGUCCCCACCCAAAGGUGCCACCAUCCCCUACCGUCCCAAACCUGCCUCUGCACCUAUCAUUUUUGCAGGUGGCCAGGUAAGAGCAGACACCAUUUUGGCUUCAGCUGGAAACCACACCGUCUUGGCCCAACCUCAGCCAGCGCCUGCAUUCACGAUUCAGGGGCAGUAUGCCAUCCCUCAUCCAGACUUGACCAAGCUUCACCAGUUGGCUAUGCAGCAUCCCCCCUUUACUCCCCUUGGGCAGACCACCCCUGGUUUCCCUGGACUGGAUGCCACUACUCCAACCAGUUCCCAUGAACUUACUAUUCCCAAUGAUUUAAUAGGCUGCAUUAUUGGCAGACAAGGCAGUAAGAUAAAUGAAAUCAGGCAGAUGUCAGGAGCGCAGAUCAAGAUUGCUAAUGCCACAGAAGGCUCCGCAGAACGACAAGUUACAAUCACAGGAUCCCCUGCAAACAUCAGCUUAGCACAGUACCUCAUUAAUGCAAGGGAUUCCCCACACAUCGAGACGAGAAUAGACCCCUUCAUUUUUAGUUGCACAAACACCAUGUGGCAUGCAUCUGGAUCUCAGAAGAUAACAAUUUAAGAUCUUCAAGACAGCUAAAGCAUGCAAAUAAAAUAAUGCACUUAUUAACGGAGUUGCAGUGAGCUGCUCACCAGAGAAAGAAACUCUAGUGAACAAACCUCUGUUUGAAUCACUUUAGAAAAGCCUGUGAACUCUCACGCUUCUGUUUAUUACUGUUUAAUAGUUCUUUUGAUGGAAUGGGAUAUAUAUAUGAGUCUUUUAAUAUGCUUUUGCAAAGAAGAAAACUUCUCAGCAGUCAUAUACUAUGGAUACUCUAUCUAUAGCCUGUGAAACCAGAAACAAAAUAUUUUCUUCCUGUUGAAUUUCUAGAUAGAAGUCAUUUGUUACUAUCAUCUACAAUAAACCAUCAUAUACUCUUAUGUACCAUGUGUUGGAACUGUAUUUAGAUGAAGUGACUUCAAUUGUAAAUGAAGACUCUUUAAAUAAUGUGUAAUAAAUUAAGCUCUAAGGUAACACAGGACAUUAAGGCGGCUUUUUCAUUUUUAGAAGUGGCACUCUUCCAGAUUUCUGUUUUUCCAAGAGAAAUUCCUCUUCAGUUGGGUGCCACCACAGCAUCAAUGCGAGCUUGUAGGUGUUCAAGGUUAAGUUGGAUGGGGCUUUGAGCAACCUGGUCCAGUGAGGGUGUCUCUGCCCACAGCAGGGAGAUUGGAACUGGUGAUCUUUAAGGUCCUUUCCAAUCCAAACCAUUCUAUGAUUCUAAGAACUGAGAAGCUUUCAGGCAAGAGGAAGGUUUGCUCUAGCUGGGGCUUAGGUGCUCAGACAGGUUUUUGAGAGGCAGAUCUUGGCUGCCGCUACCUGUACACACUGGGGGCCAAUUUUAGUGUUUGUCAGUCCUCAACCUGCACAAGUGCUUCUGUCUCUGUUAAAGAUGUCGGCAUGAAAUAAACAGUGUUGGGGAAGGGAUGAGAGCAGUACCCAAGAUAUAGUCCGGUAUGCCCAAAUAAUAAUAACAAUAGUAAAUAAAAGCCAUAUAAGCAUUCAGGGUAGGGUGGACUUCUUUUUUCUCUCCCUCAAGAUGUGUCAUUCUUAUGGUUUUUGUUUCCAGGGCCAAUAUUUCUGCGUAAAUCAGUGUCUUACAGCAGCAUAACUGUAAGAAAAAGUAUCUAUCCAAUCCACUGUACUCCUGAAACAAUCUGUGGGUGUCUUUAAACUUCCUCCAACCAAGGUUGCCAUCUAUAGAAUAAUUUAUCAAGUUGUUUUAGGACUUUUAUUGCAAUUGGUGUUGAAUAUAUACAUAGCGUACUCUAAAUUACAGCUAUAUAAGUGCAUCAAUACUUCAAGACAGAGAUUUAAAUAUGUCUAAAGUAUUGUUUCGAUUCUGUAUUGAUUACUCGAGCGCUGACCUCUGUACAAGUAGAAUGUGUCCCAGCUUGUCUGCAGUAGAAGUGUCUUAUUCCUGUAAAAUCUUCUGUCUCUUAGCUGGUCUCCACUGUAGUAACUCAACUGUCAUUAUCCAAUGCCAUAUUCUAGCUUUUAUUAAGAAUGAACGGCAGUUUAGGUUUCCUGUGUAAUAUUUGACUUUGGAUUAUAAAUGAAUUGGAGCCAGCAGCGCUUUCUCCUUCUUGAAGAGAAGUUUCCUGAAGGUAUUUUUCACUGCCAUUUUGAUGAAAGGUUAAUUGAGAGACCUAACAGGACCACAAAAACUACACUAGAGCUCUGUUCCUUUCACCAGUUUCAGGUAAUGCAGGAUGUGGCCUUCGAUGUAUAUAUUCAUAAAACAUAGUCCUUUAAAGGGGCCAUGUAAAAUUGUCACCAUGAAAUCCUAUAUGAAAGCUGCCUCAUCUGCUUUCACAUUCAAAUUCGUUACAUCUGCCAUUGGUUUGGGAAGCAGCCACUGUCACAGGACAGCUGAUAGUUAACCUGAUGUAUUUUUACCUUAUUUAUUACCACCAGUAAUAAAUGUGAAGCAGGGCAAAAUAAAACUUUAAUUGUACCUGUGCGAGUACAUCAAAGAGAGGGACUUGGAGUGGCUGCUACCAAUACCAGCAUUUAGGCUGUGGGAUCUAUUCUCCCUGCUGGUGGAGGGAAAAACUCAGGCUCAAAUACCCCCAUAUCAGAAAGGAUUUUUUGUUUUGUUAAGUACAAGGUAGGCAAAUUUGGAGUCACUGAAACACCGAGUCCUGCAUUGUCUUUCUAGAUGCCUCUCUCCCAGAACAAUACUGACUUAGGAACAUAAAAAAAAUCCAACUGUAUAAACCGAGUUUUUCAGAACCUGCUAAGGGAUCGCCUUGUACCCCAAGUCGAAGAUGUACACUGGAGUUGGAGCCACUGAUUCAGUGUUGUUGAUAUAAAAAUCCCACUGUGUGAGUAGAUUGCAAGCAGCAUGGCUAACAGCACAAAGAUGCUCUUGUGCCUGCAAACAACAAUUCCACUGCAAGGGUUAGAAAAAUUCCGAGCUGCUGCUUAUCCAUGGGGACAGGUAAAUGCCAUGAGAUAAGGAAACCAAAGCUUUGCCUCCCACAAACAGGCCUGCUUUUCACACACUUGCCUUCCUUCCCUCCCAGCCCCUCAUGCACCUUGCAACUCCCCAGCAAAAGCAAAAAUUAAUACUCAAGAGCCCUCUUUGUUUUCUUGGAAAGAGAAGAGCUCAGAACUUAAGUGUUUCCCUGUCUCCUCCACAUUCCUCUCCCCAGCUCAGACCCACUUCAGGUGUCCUUUAGACUCAGCAGCAGCCGUGCUUUGGGAAGCUCUAGUCCAACAUCCCAGUCUCCUUCUAUAGCACUGGCUGAUCGCUAGCAUCCUUGCCCUUGCACAGAGUGGGCAGGCAGGCCUUCUGGUCAUUGCCUUUCUCUGGCCAUGAAUAGACCAGGGGCUGUUACUCUCAAAACUGUCUGUAAGCCUAUGGCUUCUUCAAGCCCUGAGUAAGGUGACCACGCUCCCUUCCCAACCUGUAGCCUGGCUACAGCUGGUCUUGAAGCCCGCACACACAGCCACUAGCGACAACAGGGACCACCUGUGGUGGGAAGCUUCCCUAGGCCUGAUAGGAUUUGAUAAGAAAGCGUCAGAUCCUCCACCAGGCAGGUCCUCUGCAUGGCUGGCUGGUCACUCACUGACGCUCCACUAUGGGAGGGAAAAGCUGCCGCAGCUCCUCAGCUCGCUUCAGGAGAAAGUCCAGGAGCCUUCCAAGUUCGUAAUGACUGAAAGAAAAAACAAACUUGGAAUUAAUACACAUAGAACCAUAGCUAGCAAAGAUUUUCUAAGCCAUAGUCCUACAUAUAUGCUAGGGCUGCCAUAACUCCCAGCUGGUCACACGCAAAAUGCCUCCUAAAAAUAGUAGUUUGGUUGUUUGCCAACCCAAAACCCAGUGCACAAGCCACAACAAAUGGCAAAUGGAGGAUUUACCGAGGUAAACAUUUUGUUAUCUGAAAGAAAAUGUGUCCUUGUAUUGUAUUUUGAUGUCUAAUAAUGUACAGCAAAGCCCAAGUACAUGGGGCAAACUCAUCUUGCCUGCUGAUGGCUGGAGUUAGUAAAGUGGCGGUGAUUUGAUACCUACAUCCUCCAAAAAGCCCAUGACUGCCUUGGGCUCAGAGGUUGGGUCAACCUGAACUUCUUUGUGCUGGCGGGGUCUGUUUGACGAUGUGUAUGUUGUAUCUAUGUAGUACCUUGUCUGUCAGCUGUUAAGCUCUUUUAUGUUCACUGUAACCACUGCCACAAGCUCAGAUGCCACUGCUGUGGAAGCUGGGAUGUUUUUCAGUCUUCCUUUUUUACUAAUUUCCUUAUAAUUAGAUUGCAUAAGUAUUUUGCUGUGACUUCUGCAAAAAAAAAAAAAACCAAAAUGUCUGGGGAACACACUGGCUAAUCAGGUUUGUUUUAUAUGAAAAAUGCACAUUGACCUCACAGUGAAUUAAAUGAAAAACUAACUUUCUGAAAAAAAAAAAAACAACCAACAAACAAACCAAACCAAACCAAAACUUUAUGCCUUAGACGGAAGCAGCAACUCAUUGCUCAUUCUCCUCUCAUCCUGGCAAAAUGACAAAGGGUCCUUACAUCAAAAAAUUGACAAAUUGAAAAAAUUAUGAAAACCCCCCGCGUCCCCCUUUCAAAAAUACCGUUAAUUUUGAAAAGCAAAAUUCACCAUAUCAGUGCUGGGGAGUAAACUUCAUAGUUAUUUUAAGUUUUCUUUUAAGUUUCGGUUUUUCCAUCUUUUUGCCAUUACCCUGCACUCCUCGGAUUUCUUCUUUCAUCUAUAAAAUGAACUAGCAAACCCCUACCCCUCCCAACCUCUUUGUUUUUUUUUUUUAAGUUUUUGGAAAGAACCUUAGAUUCUCAGUAAUGUUUUCACCAUCAAAUCAUGAAAAACCCUUUUGUUAUUUCUCUUCUUUAACACAUAACAUGUUCCUCCUUUGACCCUCAUUUUCCCUUUUUUUCUCUCUCUCCCCCCUAUCCCUCCCUCUUGUCUGUCCCCCUCGACCACCAAUCUAAUCCUGCCCUUUCGUGGUUGCUGUCCCUCUGUCUGUCCCUCCCUUCCUCCUUCCUCCUCCUCCUGGCCCUACCACCCUGGCUGGACCUUCCCAACCUGUUUGUUCCUCUUCCUCUCUUCGU